AUGUCUUUAAUGUUUUAUUCCUCUUUGUUUCUUGUUAAAGGAAUUAAUUAUUAUUCUAAACGAGGUCUUAAGACUCGUCUUCCUCUUAUUUCUGAACUCAAUAAAAUUAGAAAUAUAGGCAUAAUAGCCCAUAUUGAUUCUGGAAAGACAACAUUAACAGAACAAUUACUUUAUCAAACGGGGAGUACCCAAUCUGUUGGUUUUGUAGAUGAAGGGAGUACAAUAACUGAUUUUAUGGAAAUUGAACGGGAAAGAGGUAUAACAAUUCAAUCUGCAUCAAUUUCUUCUCUAUGGAAAAAUCACAGAAUUAAUUUAAUUGAUACUCCGGGUCAUGUAGAUUUCACCGUUGAGGUCGAAAGUUUACGAGUUCUUGACGGCGUUGUUACUGUUUUGGAUGCAUCAGCGGGCGCUCAAACUUUGACAGUAUGGAGACAGGCAAAUAAAUUUAGUUUGCCUUCAAUAUUUUUUGUAAAUAAAAUGGAUAAACCUUGUGUUGAUUUAAGUUUUUGUGUUGCAUCUAUUGAAGAGAGACUAAAUGUUAAAGGUUCCUGGCAAAAAAUAUUUUUUAAUCAUUUUUAG